AUGAGGCCAGACGCUGAAGUCUUAGAUUUGUUUUAUGGGCUUGCUGAAUUGCAGAAUACUGCCAGGAUAAAUUCUGUUGCUUCCCUAAUAGAAAUAACUAAUUCUGAUGAAAGGAUAGCCGAUUACUGCGUAGAGAGAAUCAUCGGCGGAAUAUCUUCACCCCGUUACGCUACUCGAAUUGGAUUUUCGACUACUCUUUCCUUGAUAUUAGAAAAGCAUGCUUCCAGGUGGCCCUUAGAUAAAGUUUUUCAGUUAGCAGACAGUAAACUUGAUUUACUCAAGGAAAAUCCCAAAUUCGCCAUAGGUCAAUACCUCAUCUGUUCUUCACUCAUAUGUGCACCUUCUUAUCAAGCAAAUAUUAUCCAAAUCGCGGAAAAGUUAUGUCAGCUGUAUAGAAAUUUCCCUUUCUUGAAAAUGAGUAUUUGCCAAACCUUCGCCGAUAUGUCGGUGGGAAUGGACUCAAAAAAAUUCAAAAAGGGUAUUUACGCUCUCAUUAAAGACUACGUUGAGAACGCUAUCAGAACCCCACUGCCAGAAUUCUUCUUCUUUGUACUCGAGGUUUAUCAAGAACAUGCAGCCGUUCUCGCUGAUACUCUUUCGUUCGUAAAAAAAGAUGGCACAAUCCAUUUCGAACAGAAAGAUUUUCCCAGAAUUCUAUUAGCAUUGAAAAAAUGUGAGGCUAGUGCUGUCAAGACGUUUGUUGUGAAGCUUUUACAAUGUGCACAGAAGUCUGAUCAGUUUGUGGACAUGUAUUGCCGAGUACUCGAGAAGUGGGCUUCUAGUGGAGACGAGUCAAAAGUUUUGGAACGCAUUUUCCGCACAGCUGAUACUUCUCUCGAAUAUACGAAUGGUUACAAGGAUGUUAUGGCCGUCUUCAGUCCUCUCUUAGUUUCAAAAAUCACAAGCGUGUUACUUGGUAGACAAGGAUUGGAAAAACGUUUCUCAAAAGCAAAGAUCACAGCAUUCUGUACUGUAUUCGCCGAAAAACUGAACAAAACCGUUGACAAUACCGAAGCUGCCUUGGAUGUUUUAAGCACGUUCGAGAAAUUGGGAAAUUUGGAGGCUCUUUCCUUGGGAAAUAUCACUUCCACUUUACUUGCGAAGUUGGAUAAGAACGCUGUAACUAAAUGGAUUGAGACUGUCACUACCGCAUCUGCUGUCCGAAGAAUUAUUUCUGCUUUCCCAGCAUGGUCGACUGAUGCAAAAUCGGCUGCUUUGCUGCAUCUUAUAAAAAGACCGGCUUGUGAAGAUAUCCUCUACACUAUUUCCAACUGCUUGGAUUCUUUGUACAAGAUUAAGGUGAGACCCGGAGAAUCAGUCGCCAUCAGUUUCCCUACUGAGAAUGAAGCUAUCUUGAGACAAUUGGUUGAAGCUAUACCCGGUUCCACAGUCAAGAAAGCAGACAAAGCAUUGAAGAAGAGCCCACUGUCUAAACCUCUCACUGUUUUGUGGCUCAGUCUGAACAUUUGGGCUCACAUCUCCUGUGAUAACGAGAAGAAAGAGUAUUAUACGGAAACCGCUAAGGAAGUCAUUCAAAUUGCAGAGUCAAAGGAUGCUAUCAAUAACACGGUUCUUAUCGAUUUGUUAAUUGCUCUACUCGGGCAAACAGCCAAAUUCCAUCGUGCUGUUGCUUAUUAUGUGUUUGUUGACAUCCUACCAACAAUCAAGGAUGAGGAUGUAUUGCAUAUCUUCAAUACUCUCAUGUUAAGUGAUAAUGAGUUGAGUGGAAAGAACGAGGACAGUGAUGACGAAGAGGAUGAAGAUAUGGAUGAUAAUGAUGAUAAUGAUGAAGCCGAGAAAUCAGAAGAAGAGAAUGUCUCCGAAGAGUCAGACGAAGAAGGAGAAGUCGAUGCCGAUUUAGUAGGCAAACUCAAACAGGCCUUAGGAGCAGCGGCAGCCGACGAUGAAGAGGUUGACACUCCUGAUUGGGAUGAUGCUGCCAUGUUCGCUAUGGAUGAAAAACUCUCCGCUGUUUUCAAAAAUAUCGCAGCUCCUGGUCAAUCAAAGAAGGAAGCUUCUGUUAAUAUGCAAACAUUCCGCUCGAAGGUUACAGAUUUCUUGUUGUUUACAGUAUCCUCUGCUAAUACACCACAAAAUGUUAAAUUGAACCUUAUUCUUCCACUAAUCAAACUGAUCAAAGUCCAAACAAAAAGACCAACAGAAGGACCAGCUGCCAAGAAGACAGUAGAACUUCUCGAAAUCAUUUCAAAGCUGAAGAAAGUUACUUCUACUGAAAAGGAAGUGUUGAAAUUAGUGGACGAGAUAAUCAAGGAAUCUUCUGAAGUUGCCAACCCUGAAUUCGUCAAAGGAAUCAGCGCCGUCAUUUCUUUCUUGUUUUCUGUUUGUACAUCUGGAACUAAAGUGCCUGCAUCACUCAAGAAGGUUUAUGUAGAAUUGUUCACCAACUUCGUUUGUCAGGAAGAAGGAAAUAUUAAUAACGAAUUUGCAACUGCCACUAUUUAUAAGUAUCCAAGUUUCUUCGUGGAUGAGGUUCCAAAUUUCGUUGAUUUUGCUUUUGAUGAGAAGUACAGAAUUUUCAGAAGAACUGAAACUGUGUCCUGUUUGACUGCUAUUCUUAAAGCCUCCGAUAAAAUUGACAAAAAUGCCAUUAAAAAAUUGUUGAAGAACGUGAAAACUUUCUUAUCCCACUUCAUCAGUAACAUCGCCGAGAAAGACACAAUCAAACCAAGAUUCUUCGCUUCUGUUCUUAAACUUCUGCUCACUCUUGCCAAUAAAAAUGAUGAAGACUUAAAGGAAAAAGUAUCAAAGCAACUGUUGUCCACACUCGAAACUUUCACAGAAGACGAGAAAGUUUGGAAAGCAAAUUUGAAGAAAUGCAACUCUGCCUGCAUACAAUUGUGUGGAAAGAAUCCUCUCCCGUAUAUCAACUCCAUAAUCAAACUAUUAUAA